AUGGCCGAGGAAGAAGGUUCUUUUGCUGCGCAGGUGGAGCAGCGCUGGGGAUUUCUCUCUCCGUGGUGGGAGGCGCUGAAGUCCUGCAUCAAGUACUACAACCAGUACAGCCCCGACGAGUACGUCUGGCAGCUUCCUGAAAUCGUUGUUAAGGUCGCGAUGCCAAGACGCGAAAGCUCCGACAGUGAGGAUGAAGCGGCUUUCCGUAGACGUUUUCAGGAGGUGCGAGAGGCUUUAGCGCUGCUUGUGGCAGUUGAGCACGCCGUCUACGAUGCUUACGACCACAUAUUUACUGAGAAAUGCGAAGUCUACCAUGGAAGGUAUGGAGAAGAAAUCAGCGAAGUGAGCAUAGCAGUCAAGUUUAUACUGGACGUGGAUGAGGACGGACAUGAAAUUAACGCCGAUGCUGCCGACAGUGUCGAGUAUGAUCUUGUCCACUUAUGCGGGACUGAUCAGCGUGAACAACCUAGCGAGGAAUAUCGGACCGCGUUGAGCCAGAUUGCUGCUCUUGAUGAAAACCUAAAGUCAGGGGAGGCUGGAGUGGACAUACAAAUUCCCGUGAGAGUGGAUUUUCGGGAGAAACUACUGGGAGAUACAAUAAAUGUCGACACACAGCUUAACUACGCAAAGACAUUGAAGGAGAUCGCAAUUGCUGAGAAAGAGAUCCACGCAAGCAAUACCGGAGAAAAGGGCGUGGAGGCUGGAGCACUCCGUUGCACGUUUGUGUUGGAGCCAAUGUCUGUAAAUGCUGGUUUAAUGCCUGAAAGUCUGGGGUUUGUGGAUGCGCUAGGACAACUGGUAGUAGAAAACGUGUGGUUCUCUUCGAUGGAUGUCCCUGUGCCUAUCUUGUUUGAGAAUUCCAGUUAUCCCGAGGCUAUAAAAAUCUUUGGACAGUUCUUUAGACGUGCACUGAACGGACGCUACAUUGGCUACUACUUCGACGCCGGUGCAACUCAUCGAGGGUUGGUCGAAGAAAGCGGUUCUUCUCAACUGGCAGAGCUCAAGUUGGCAUGCGACGCGACGAUGCCACCCCGCGAUAUUGAAGCAAUGUGCUCGGCGAUGGCGCUGAUCCAGACGACUGAGAAGCUCUCGCUUUUUUUGGAGUUAGAACCUUUGGAUCGACAAAAACGUGAACACUACUGGAAGUGGUUGGCCUAUGGACUGUUUUCGAAGCGUGCCCAAGCCUUCUCGUCAGUCAAAACGCUAACCCUCACGGGGAUCCAGCAAUUGAAUGCCACCGAUGUACAAGCAUUCACUGCAAUAUUGGCGUCGGAGCACCCAGAAGAGAUGCUGUUUGGCACUCCCCGAGGGCGAGUUGAUGAGAGAGGUGCAACAAUAACGAGUGGCACACCUAUCCGAUGGGAGUUUGAUAGAGAAGGCCACCCCGUCGUGAACUCACGUUAUCUCGCGUUGGAGGAAGAAAUUCCGUCCGUAAGAACGUUUAGUGAUGACGGAGAGAGAGAAUGGGUUGAUGUGCUGGUUCCUGGAUUUGGACGUUGCCAGGAGCAACGCACGAACUUGAGUUUUGAGUGUGACGUGGACGAGAACGCGAUUAUUCGAAGUUGCCCCAAUUUGCAGGAGGUUACAUUCUCAAGACGCUUGAUCGACGUACAGCUCGACCUCAGCGAAUACCGUGCAACGAACACGCCAAUUCCCGAUCUGACGUUUCAAUGGAGCGACGUCACGGAAUUUGCCAAGCAGCUACGUGACGACAGCAAUCCGCUUACAAAAUGUGUGCGCCGUCUGCGGUUUUCUUUGCUUUCCCGUUGGGUUCCAGAAGAAGUCCUCAUGGCUGGGAAUGCGCCAAAUUUUGAAUUCUACGUGAACGCGAUUAUCAAAAUGCUGGAGGUGAACGAAAGGCUGGAAUACCUGGAGCGCGAGCCGCUAGCAAGGAAGUGUAUGCUCGCUUUCCUAAGUGUGCUCGCGUCAAGGACGCCGUCAACAACAGAGACAACCAAGAAGAGAAAGGUAGACGAGCCCAAAGCUGUCCCGGCGGAGAUUGACGUGGCGAAGAUCUUUUCUUUUGAGGCAGUCCCCGUCAUUCGAGAGGUGUUUUAUCACGCGUCACAGCGCCCCGUUCGCACCGUACAGCAAGCUCCUCAAUCUCAGUGA